GCCGGGGCCGGGCCGGGAGCUCUGCCGGGCCCGUUGUGACGCUCCCGGGGGAAUGUGUUGCCGGGCGGCGAGGCGGGCUCGGAGCGCGGCGGCAUGGCGGGGGGCCUGCGCCUGCUCCUGCCUCUGCUCCUGGCCUCGCUGGCGGCGGGCGCCGCGAUCGGCGGCAGCGCGGAGGCCCCGAGCGGGCGCGCCGAGCCGGGUCCGAGUGCCAGUGUGUCCCCGCAAAUAGAAUUUGGAGAAUGCACAGUUACAUGUGGGAUUGGCAUUCGAGAAGUUCUGUUAACCAGUGGAUGCCCUGGGACUGAAACAAAAUGUAUUGUUGGUGUGGAGGAAUGCCGGACGUCAGUAGACUGUGGAUGGGGAAUACCAAUUUCUGAUGGCCUUGCCUGCGUGAAGAUUGCUUGUAUUUUUAUGCCUCCUGAAUAUCGAUUUAAAUAUGUUUGGAAGAUGUUAAUUCCAAACAAGACAGCGCAUAUUCUUCCCAGCGAUUCAUCUAUUAUGAAAGUUUGCAGAGAUACCCAUUCGGGUACUUUCCAGUGUGAAACGCAAGAAAAAGGAACUACAGUUGCAUCUAUAAAAUACACAGUCUACGCAAAAACUGAGGAAGCUUCCUUUUUGAGACCUGAAUUAGCAGAGCACAUAAUCUGUUUUAGGCUUAAGCAUGCAAAUGGUCCCAUUGACUUGAGUUCGAGAAUAGAAACAGAGCAAUCAAGGAGAACAACAACAAAGCCAGAGCAAUCAAGAACAACGACAAAGCUAGAGCAAUCAAUGAGAACAACGACCAAUGCCAUUCUGGUCUUUAGCCUGGUGACUGGAAUCAUAGUGACUGUUGGUGUGAUCAUUCCCAUGAUCUUUAUGAUUUGUUACUGGGGUGCCGUAAAAUCUUUUUGGAAAUCAAAAUUUGUGCAAGACAACCAAAAGAAGGAGCUGGAUGACAAAAGAUCACUGGAAUAAAUAGGCCCCCUCAGGGUCCUCAUCGGCCUUUCAAGGCAUUGGAGUGUCCACCUGCAGCUGCAGUGCUCUCACCAUUU